AUGCAAUUCUCAAUUAAAACUUUAUGGAAUUCAAAACCUAUUACUGAUCAUCGACCAGUUCAAAUAACACUUUCAACUACUAAUGAUAAAGAUCAUCUCUCAAUAGAAAUUGAUGCCCCUUUUUUCAACGAUCCAGCUCCAAUAUCAAAAUCAUUAGCACCUGCUCCAUAUCCGGAAUUAUGGAAUUAUGAAGUUGUCGAACUGUUUUUCUUAGCAUCAACAACAAAACAUUAUCUUGAACUUGAAUUUUCUCCAUAUGGUUAUUAUCUCGUUCUUUUACUAAAUGAUCGACGAAAAACAAUGAAACAAAUGUUACCAUUACAUUAUUAUGAAGUUGAACGACCUUCAUCAGAUCGAUGGAUUGGUCGUGCACAUAUUCCUCGAUCUUUAUUUCCAGCUCAUAUCGAUCAAUUUAAUGCUUAUGCUAUUCAUGGUCAAGAUGAUCAACGUACAUAUGAAUCACUUUAUCCAGCAACAAUUGAUAGUGAAAAACCUGAUUUUCAUCGACUUGAACUUUUUCAAACAAUAGAUUUUAAUUCAUUAUUAAACAUAGGUGAUAAAGAUGGUGAUGAUUGGACUAAUCACUAA